UCGUAGGACAUAAAACAUGGAUUUUAAAUGAUUGAAAUGCGUUAUUUGUUAUAUUGUACGUCUUUUCUUUUAUCUAAGCAGUGACGGAACAGAAGACUAGAACAGCGCUGGCUGAUGGUAACCCGGGCGACCGUUUUCUGCAUCAGUACCCGUAUUUCCGUACUGAUAUCAAUAAUUUCUCUCAAUGACAGGACGACCUGUGCUGAAAUAACCUAACAUGAGGCGUAACACGGUAAAGUUUCAUUUUCUAAGUGUCGUGGAUCUAAUAAAUAUGUUUGAAAAUGAAAAGGACAGACCCAGGAGCGCGUUUAUAACGGUGUGAUGCGGACGAUCAGCUGAUCAUCACUGCUGCUGCCAGUAUGGUUGAUAUGUAGAUUGAAUUGGUCAUAAAAUGGAGGUCCCUGCAGUAAACCAGAGCUAUACGCAGCCACCACAGCAGCCAUGGGCCGAACAAAGCCACUACAGGAACCCAGCCAUGCCUUCUCUCAACUGUCCAGCUCCUCCAUAUCACUAUCCAAACCAGACACCGGAUCAGCAGAGAGCAGCAGUGAGUGUGACCCCAGUGAACCACAUGACUCUACAACGUCCACCGUCACUGUACUGGGACCCCUCACAGCAAUCACCCCCAGAUGCGUUUCGACCUGUUCCUGAGAUCACAAAUAUGUCAACUCAAGGGAUGCCACAGAAAAGCUACUCAUUACCAACGAGCCCAGUGUCUAAAUCAGAGUCCCGGUAUGGCCUGGAUCCUCAGCUUCUCCCUAGUGUGGUGCAGGUGAUUAAAGAGGACAAGAUGCAGUGGGAAGGAAAAGUGUUUGUUUCAGAGUGCAAAUCUUCAGUUCCUCCUCUCUCCUCAAGCCCGUGCACCCUGGAGGACAGAGGUAAUGCCACACCACGUUAUGUCCGCUGCACAACCUACAGCUUCCCCAUGGAGGCUCCAUCAGCCCAGAAGAGUCACCUCCCGCUGGGUGCAAUCGUGUGUCCGCUGGCCAGACCUCAGAGAGGAGAACGUGAUGUGCCAGCGUGUGAGGCAGAAGAUUGUGUUAAGGGCUGUGUUCACUGCGGGGCCUUCAUGAGCCCUGCUAUGAGCUGGCAGGACUGUGGGCAAAGAUUCUACUGUCCUUUCUGUGACAAACUCACCGAAGUGCCAUGGCAGUCCUAUCAGCCCACCAAUCAGGGUCGCCGUGUUGACUGGGAAAAAAAACCUGAGCUCAGUCUCGGCUCAUAUGAGAUCCUGGAGAAACAAACGGGUAAAGCUGCUGUUUUGCUGCUGGCGAUAGAUGUUUCUGCCGGUGCAGUGAGAACUGGGCACCUAGACCACAUCUGUCAGCGGAUUUGUUCUCAGUUGCAAGCUUUAAAUGGGCCUGUUGAACCUGACCAAUUGGAUCUUGAAGUGGGUUUGAUGACCUAUGAUAGCCGGAUACAUUUGUAUAACUUAAGUCCAGCUCUGUCUCGCCCUCACAUGAUGGUCAUCACUGACUGUGAGGAGCUGGAGCUUCCAGUGCUGGAUGGCCUUCUGGUGCCACUGAAAGACUGCAGACACAUAAUUGAGAGAGUUCUAUGCGAAAUUGCACUUUUCCACCCUGAAUUGGAAGACCGAAGCAGCUCGCAAGAGCUUCCUGUUUCUGCAGGACUGAAGAUUCUUCAGGCUGCUGGGUCUCCUGGAAAGUUAUUGAUCUUUCAUUCCUCAGCUGUUUCUGAAGGAGCAAAUCAGAAAAGCUCAUCCGGUUUCCUCAGCUCUAACAAAGCGAAGUCCAUCUUUCAAGGACCAGAUUCUUCAAGCUCCUUAGUCAAAGAGUGUGUCAAUCAAGGCUGCUGCGUGCAUAUCUUUGUGUUUUCUCAUCAAGAAGUGGGUGGAGCUUGGCCAGGGCACAUCCCUUUUCUUACAGGCGGUGGACUCUUCUGCUACCGCAGUCUACAGUCAGAGAUGGAACAGGAGCGCUUCCAAGCUGAUCUAAGCAGAUGUGUGAACAUGCAGAUGGCCUUCAAAGUUCAGCUCAGAGCUUUCGUCAGUAAAGAGAUGCACAUAUCUGGUUGCUAUGGCUCCAUCAUCGCCGGUUCUGACUCCUGCUGUGUUGCCAUGGCAGCCCUUGACUGGCGCACAGCUCUGGCAUUUGAAUUCACUCACAACAAAUCUUUGGAUGAAGCAAGGGGUGUAGCCAUACAGUUUGUGCUGUCAUACAGUAACUCCUCUGGAGAGAAAAGGACUCGGAUACACACCGUUAUUUUGUCCGCUUCCCAUCAGCUGCUCGACACCUUCAGAAGCAGCCAGGCUGAGACGCUCCUCACAUUCUACUGCAAGAAAAUGUAUUCUUUAGCACUGGAGACUUCACUCCAGUCUCUGCGUGAGGAGUUGCAGACGGAGGUUACUGAGAUGUUGACUUGCUUCAGGAAACACAGCUGCUCUACCUCUGCAUCCCCAGGACAGCUGGUGUUGCCUCAGUUUCUGAAAGCUGUACCUGUCUACAUCAACAGUCUGCGCAAGAGUGAAGUGCUGCUGCCUGGGCUGCGUAGCUCUGUUCAUCAUCGUCUACAAAUGCGCAGCCUCAUUGUCUCCAUGGACACGCUGAGCACUGCUUCUCAGUUCUACCCACUUAUUCUGCCCCUGUCUGUCUCGGCUGAUAAUGCCAACAUGCCAUCAUUAGGGGAAGCCGUACGCUGCUCUGCCUCCAGUCUGGAUCCAGGGGGUCUGUAUCUGAUCUGCUGCCCACUGGCGUUGCUCCUCUGGGUGGGCAGCUGUGUGCCCCCUCAUGCACUUCUGCAACUUUUCAACACCAACUCCUUCUCCUACCUCACAUCUGGAGAGAUCAAGCUUCCGGUGCUUGAGACAUCACUCUCCGUCAACACCAGAGCUCUCAUUCACUCUGUGCAGUCUUCAGCAGCUGUUACUCUUCAGCUAAAAUUAGUACGUGAGGGUGACAGCUGUGAGGAGUCUCUGCAGCGCCUUCUAGUGGAGGACAAGAGUCCAAACGGUGGAGCUUCAUACGCGGAUUUCCUUUUUCACCUUCAUGUCAAUGUGUUGCGUCUUAUUGUGUGACAGUCUCUUUUUAUAGACUGUGGCUGGUGAAUAUUGUGAUUAAGUGUACCUCUGCUGUCUUUAUAGGCAUUGCUGCUAUUCUCAAAUCGGUGAGGAUCAACAAAUAUGCCUUGUAUGCAUUUACCUCUGAGAUAUAUGUUAUGAGUUUUGUAUGCAAAUUCAUUGUGACCAGAAAAUUGCUGAAUACUAAGAUCAGUCCUUUAAUUUUCAAGGGCUCGGAAUGACUUAAUACUGUUUGAACUCCCAUCAAAGGCUCAAAGAAUGAGUAAUCAUUGUGUAUUUGAAGUGUGUGUGUGUGUGUGUGUGUGUGUGUGUGUGUGUGUGGUUCUAGACUUGAGCUCUUUAUUUAAUAUAUGCUCUUGAGUUUCACUCUGAAUUGAAUUCAUGAACUGGUGAGUUACAGAGUGUGCAUGUUAAUAUUUUAAGCAAUAAUAUAUUCAUUGAAUCUUUGGGUCUCGUUGCACCUCAAUUUUUAAUGUCCUGAUAAAACCGCUGAUCAUUUUCAAUGGUCCAUCAGCGUGUAAACCUAACAUUUUACGGUUUUAAUCAUUUAUGUAACAUUUGUUUUGUAACACACUUUCCCUCUGAAAUGA